GUUAGCGUCGGCCGCUUUUGGCAUGGCGACUUUUUCUGGCCCGGCUGGGCCAAUCCUGUCGCUUAACCUGCAGGAAGAUGUCGAGUUUCAAAAGGAGGUGGCGCAGGUUCGCAAGCGCAUAACCCAGCGAAAAAAACAAGCAACUCCUGGAGUAGUCUAUGUGCGCCACCUACCUAACCUACUUAACAAAACCCAGAUCUUUUCAUAUUUCUCCCAGUUUGGCACUGUGACACGGUUCAGGCUGUCCAGAAGUAAAAGGACUGGAAAUAGCAAAGGCUAUGCAUUUGUGGAGUUUGAGUCUGAGGAUGUUGCCAAGAUAGUUGCUGAAACAAUGAACAACUACCUGUUUGGUGAAAGACUCCUGGAGUGUCAUUUUAUGCCACCUGAAAAAGUACAUAAAGAACUCUUUAAAGACUGGAAUGUUCCAUUUAAGCAGCCAUCAUAUCCAUCAGUGAAACGGUAUAAUCAGAAUCGGACACUAACACAAAAGAUACGGAUGGAGGAGCGAUAAAAGAAAGAAAGAUUACUCAGGAAGAAAUUAGCUAAAAAAGGAAUUGAUUAUGAUUUUCCUUCUUUGAUUUUACAGAAAACGGAAAGUAUUUCAAAAACUAAUCGUCAGACGUCUACAAAAGGCCAGGUUUUACGUAAGAAGAAGAAAAAAGUUUCAGGUACUCUUGACACUCCUGAGAAGACUGUGGAUAGCCAGGGCCCCACACCAGUUUGUACACCAACAUUUUUGGAGAGGCGAAAAUCUGAAGUGGCUGAACUGAAUGAUGAUGAUAAAGAUGAUGAAAUAGUUUUCAAACAGCCCAUAUCCUGUGUAAAAGAAGAAAUACAAGAGACUCAAACACCUACACAUUCACGGGAAAAAAGACGAAGAAAAAGCAAUCAGUGAUUUUCAAUGUAUUAUAUUUCUUCUGAAAAAUAUAA